GUAAAAAAAUAAAUAUAAGCGUUCUUGUGACAAAAUAGUGAAAAUACUAAUCCCCUCGCAUUAAUUGUCGGGAUCUAUUGGUCAGCAUACCAUAAAAUACUAUAUAUCUAUGAUCAUCUAUCGUUGGUACGCUGACUACAAUAAUUAAAUCAUUAAAUUACUCGAUAUACCAAUAAUUAGUAAAAUUAUGAAGAACAAAAUUGUGGAAGAAUUUGUUAGUUUUUAGAUUUGUUUUACCAAAUACCAUAUAAAUAAAUGUAUUUAUAUGUCUAUGCCUUGGCUUAAGAUAAAGCUUGCCAUGGUCUAUGCCAAAUACUUUCUCGAAUUAAGUCAUACGUGGUCAUACUGUUUGAAUGAUGUGAUAACGACGUUAUCACCAUUCAUCAUUAUCAACGAAAACAAACAGUAAAAAACUAAAAACAUCAACAUGUGGAUAACGAAAUACUAAAAUACUCAACACUGUAGUGCUGUGUGGUGAAUUACUAAAUAGCUAAUAAGUACCUACUACUUUAAACUUUGUUGUAGUUAAUAUUUAGCAAAUAGUGAAUACUUACUACUGAAUAGUGCGCGCUGCCCGGUAGUGGUGAUCGUGUCGAGACGUAGACUUGAACUGUCAUGUUUUUACAUUAGUCGAAUAUUAUUAUCGCUUUUCAAGUAUACCUAUUCGUAUUUCGUUCGAUUACCUACUCCGUUGCACAACUUUUGACCACAUUUCGAGUAUUGAACUCAACGACCGUUCAUCUGUUACAUUUUGAAAAUGGAACAUUCAGAUUCUGAUUGUUGGGAAACCUCGUCUACCGAAAGUAUUGACUUGUCCCCCAUUGUUUUACCGAACAGUUGCGUUCUGCAAGCGAUCGAAAUGAUAUUGGGCCAACGCAGUGAACCAGUUGGCAGAAAGGCAAAGAUCAAAGCCACGUAUCAGGAUGACUUGAGAUCGAUGCGCGUUGACAGUCUGUGCACCAACAAACAGCAUUUGCGAAAUUUUAGUAGUCGCCCUUCAAACAAGACAAUAAAAGGGAACAGUUUGAGACCGGUAUUUAACCAAAUGCGACUCUGUCUGUUAGCUGGUGACUGGGAUAGCUACAAAGAAUUGCUGUCGAUAGCCCUCAGUUCGCCCAACAUUGCGAACGAUUACAUUUUGUUUGCUGUCCGAUCGUGUUUCAUACUGCUGUUGAACCACCCACACCGUACAUCAGAAAUGAUUGAUAAUUUCAUCGCAUCUUGUUUGAGCAUUAACGAAGAGUCCAAAAGAAAAUUAUAUUUACAAGAAUGUUUUUCACUCAGAUUUAAACCAACCUGUACAGAGACGAAAGAUACUGUCAAUGAAGAAAUUGAAGAGGAAGAAGAAGAAAUUUUUUUUAAUUCCGAUUUCAGUUCCGAUUAAAUAUUCUAAUCAACUAGUAUUUCUGUUUGCGCAAGAAGUGAUCGUUCUUCAUCGCAACCUGGAAUCUCUUCAACACAUUCACAAGAACUAAAAUGUCCAACACCAGGCUGCGAUGGGUCUGGUCAUGUAACAGGAAAUUAUUCUUCUCAUAGA